AUGGGUGCACCCCUCGGAUCCGCCCGGAGUUCGCCCCUCCCCGAGUUCCGGAUCCCCCUCACAUACCUCUCCUCUAUAGGUUGGGCAGUUAAAAGCCGGACGAGUUUUAGUAAGAUCUCCAGCGUUCACGUCUGUGGCCGCCGCUAUCGUUUUGAAGGCGAGGGUGACAUCCAGCGAUUCCAAAGGGACUUCGUGUCCCGUCUGUGGCUCACCUAUCGCAGGGACUUCCCACCCCUGGCUGGAGGCUGCCUGACCUCCGACUGUGGCUGGGGAUGCAUGUUACGCACGGGUCAGAUGAUGCUCGCCCAGGGCCUGCUACUGCAUUUCCUGCCCAGAGACUGGACGUGGGCAGAGGCCUCGGGCCUGGCCACGGCCGAGCUGUCCACCUUGGCCUCUCCAGGCCGGCCUCGGGGGCCUCCCCGCCGGCUGCCUCCUCACUGGGCCCAGGGAGCCGCCGAGCUGGAGCAGGAACGUUGGCACCGGCGGAUUGUGUCCUGGUUCGCCGAUCGGCCGCAGGCCCCCUUCGGCCUCCAUCGGCUGGUGGAGCUUGGGCAGAGCUCAGGCAAGAAAGCCGGGGACUGGUAUGGACCUUCGCUGGUGGCCCACAUCCUGAGGAAAGCGGUGGAGAGCUGCGGUGAUGUCAGCCGCCUGGCGGUGUACGUGUCUCAGGAUUGUACAGUGUACAAGGCAGAUGUGGCACGCCUGGUGGCCAGGCCCGACCCCACAGCAGAGUGGAAGUCCGUCAUCAUCCUGGUCCCUGUGCGGCUGGGAGGCGAGACGCUCAACCCUGUGUACGUGCCCUGCGUGAAGGAGCUGCUGCGGUCUGAACUGUGCCUGGGCAUCAUAGGGGGCAAACCCCGCCACUCCCUCUACUUCAUUGGCUACCAGGAUGACUUCCUGCUCUAUCUGGACCCCCACUACUGCCAGCCCGCUGUGGAUGUCAGCCAAGCCGACUUCCCCCUAGAGUCUUUCCAUUGCACCUCACCCCGCAAGAUGGCCUUCGCCAAGAUGGACCCCAGCUGUACCAUAGGGUUCUACGCCAGAGACAGGAAGGAGUUUGAGAGGCUCUGUUCCGAGCUGACCAGGGUGCUCAGCUCCUCCUCGGCGUCGGAGCGCUACCCCAUGUUCACCGUGGCCGAGGGCCAGGCGCAGGACCUGGGCCUGGAC